UUUCCGACCCGUUCUCCCGUCCGGUGACCAAAUUACCGCUGCGUGGGAACCGCAAGACUUUUCGGACGUCGACAGUCUCGCGAACCCGACGGCCGUUUCUGUCACCGUCAUGCCAACCGUGUCCGGACACUCGCAAACAUUACACGAACCCCGAUCUCGUUGAACGCGCGCGAUACUUUCGAUUCCGGUGAAAUUAGACAAAUGGUCCGUACGUUUACUAUAUUGUUUUAGAAAAACGUGUUAGAAGUAGAUGGUUCUAAGAUAAGUAGCGUUAUUUUUUUUUUUUAUAUUAAGCAUGUUUCCGAAUAUUGUUAUUACCGAAGCUGUUGCAGUAUCUCAACAGCGGAUCUGUGAGGUGGUUCAGGAGGUCGGUUGACCAACCGUUAAUAUUUGUUGACAAAACCGGCCUCUUAAAGACUUCUUAUAUUUUUUAAGUGAAUUAGGUCGAAAUUGAUACUAGACUGGGACAAAUGACUCAGUUGCCAUCCCCCAAAUGAUGCCACUGGUUUAAUCGUACAGAACGGUAAAACAUAUCCAAGCCAUGUAGGACUCAAUAAUAAUAUAAAAUAAUUAUGAAUGUUUUCAUUGAGAGUUAUGAUUUAACCAAAAUACGCAUAUGAUCUUUUAAUGUUUUUUUUUUUCGUUACAAGGUUACAUUUAUAAUCCAAUUUCAGCCUUGAUAAAUGGCCUCUUUAAAAUAGCUUGUCCCGCAGUUCUCUAACUGUGUAUCCCGCCCCCCUUCCGUCUCGACUGUUACCUUUUAAGGCUCAACCACCUGCUGGAUGGUGCAGGGAAAUUCAACCAAAUAUCCGAUUCUCCAUUUCCUCGAACGGUGACCCAUCUGAGCGCUAAAGACCGCAGAGGAACGGUUAACGAUCGGCGGUCAAGACAAUCAGCUUUCGUACACACGUUACGGAGGCCUACCAUAAUCGUUGUGAUUUUUCAACGGCCUGCAAUUGAUUCGAUUGAAAACUGGAAAUGUUUUACCAAAUCGAGCGUGUGUACUGCCUAGGUAUGGACGUUACGUUGUGGACACAAUAUCCGUGUUCGGAGAACCUGAACCGCGCGAGUCGCCAUUCAACGGGUGUGCUUUGUGAUUUGAAACCGAGUGCGCGGUGAGAGAUCGAUAAGAUCGGAUAUCACGGAGGUGUAUCUCGGAUGUUUCGGUUGUACUCGCAGGCCCUAGUCCCGCGUAUUGUUCCGCGCGCAAUGGAAAGCGGUGGGUUCGCCGACGUUUAAUGUUUCGAUUCGGCCGAUAGUUUCGGUCCGGCGAACGCGACGACCGAUAACCCUUUAAUAACGACUGUUACCGCGGUCGACGUACACGUGCACGAUUUGAAACACGGCUGAUCGUUGCGCGUUUCCGUGCAAUGUAUCAUCGGCGAUUUAACUGCGCAUAAUAACGUGUAUUAUGUACACGCGCGUUGUUCGGGUAAAAGCGAACGCUCGCUCACAGUUGGAUGCGCUCGAAAGGAAAAUCUCGGAAACUUUCUUCGAUCAUUAUAUUGUUAUAAUAUCGGUCGGCGGAGGCGGUGGUGUAAUACCCGAGGUUGUGUUAUGCGUGCGCGGUGCACCGGCUUGCACUGCCCACCGGUGCAGUCGCCGUCCGCCGACCGAGUCCAAGUGUCGACAGCCGUUAGCCCGAAAGAUCCUUCUGCCAAACGCGAUCGUCCUUCGCGCACAAUCCGCGUGGGGUCCAUCUCGUCCUCCGUUCAAUAUCCGGCACUGCGUCCGGCGUCCUCUGCACACCGUUCGGCGUCCUCUGUUUCGUUCGCGUGUCCUUUGCUCCUGGUCCGUACAGAGUGUCCUCCGGCGGAUUCUUCGUCGUCAUGACGUUCAUCCUGGGCUCAGCUUACACGGUCGCGGCUCCGUUGAUUUUCGUCGGCUUCGCGGCAUGCGUGAUGUUCUCCGAGGGGCCCGUGACCGACGGUGGUAGCCACGACGAUGACAACGACAAAACGCUGACGGUCAGUUCGAUGGUGAAAAGUUGCUUGGCCGGCGCCGAUCCCUUCUUGCCGUGCAUCAACGAACGGGCUAUGGCCGCCAUCGAGCAGACCGAGUCGAUGGACGCGGUGCGCUUGGAUCCCGGUCUGGAGAUCUUCAAGCAGCCCGGUCCCGAGGCGUUCGCGCCCAGAGGAGUCUAUACGUUCGGCGAUAACCCGUACAACAUCGGUGCUGUUGUUGAAGCGGCAUCCUCGUUGCUGUCCAGGCGAACGUUCUGUUGGGACAUGAGUGCCCUGUACCCGGGACUACAGAUGCGGAUCGGUCCCACGUUCAACGGACGAGGAAUGAUCGAUUUCGUAGUGGACCAACGAAAACAGUUGGACGAGAGGAGUUUCGGUUACGGCCAUAUGAUAUUCAAAAGGUCUUUUUUACCGAACCUGUUGACCACGCAAAUAAGUGUCGCGACAGUGAUCCCGCUCAUAUUCGCUGCGCUUUAUUUUCUAACGAAAAAAGCUUUCCUGCUGUCGAAGUUCGCGUUGAUCAUCACUAGUGUAGUGGGAUACGGCUCGUUGUUCCUGCAACACAGCGGCAAGCCUUUCGGCCAUUCUUUCGGUUACCGUCAUCCGUCUUACCAUCCCGUGGCGGACGGACAUCAUCAUCAUCAUCCCAUCGGCGGCGGUCCGUACAACGCGUUCGUCGGUGACAUCAGAGGCGACAAGUUCACCGGAGACUUCAACGGGUUCCAGCAGAUCUCGUCGUCCGCUUCCAAGCCACCGUCGUUAUUCAGAGGCGUAAACUAUUUCCCGCAAGAAGAUGAUCACGCCGCGUACAAGGAAUCGGCGGACGCGACCAAACGCGAAGCGGAAUGACAAAACUGUGGGCUAACGUUUUCCGAUUGAAAAUCGCGUUUACCACCCGGUAUUCAUCAACGUAGUUAUGGUACGAUACGUUCGUUUUGAAUAUUAUUACUGUUCGUUCAUUCGUUGGGGCUACAACUUUUUUACGCGUACACCUCUUGUACAGAUAUUGUUUCCUAAAAAUAUUAUUGCGGACCGACGCCACGGCUGUAUUUAAAUAAUAAUAAUAAUAUAUAUAUAUAUAUAUAUAUAUAUAUUUAGUUCCUAAGGUCUAUGUACUGUAAUCGGUAAUACACACGCACACCUGUUUUUGUUGAAUAUUUCGUAGCACCUUUAUUGUGAUAACUAUUUCUAUACAUUUUCAUACGUUGAACUCGCAAGACCUACUUAUUUUUAGUAAUCCAUUAUAUUAAGCUAAUACUUUGUUUUUUAUUUAAACCACCUAGCAUAUUAUAGUACGUUGUACAUGAUAAUAAUAAUAUUUAAACAAUCGGAAUUAUGAUUAAAAUUAAAUUAUAAACUAAUGUUUACACUACGUGACUAGAGUUGAGUGCAUUUGAAAGUAACUUUUUUUGUUCGUAUUAUUUUAUGUUUUUUUUUUUUUUUAUAUCUUGAAAAUGUAACAUGGAAGAUUUUGUUUUAAGGAUUCUCCGUGUGUAUUCGAUUUCGAUACAAACCAAACGAAAAAUUUUAUGAGAAUUGAAAGUAUGUCAAUAGAGAUAUCAAAUAAUAUUCAAAUACGGCUGAAUAAAAAAUACU